GUGACAUUGACGUAAGAUAAAAUGAUUGACUUGACCUAUUUGCCCUUUAAAAAAUUAACCGGUAUGUGAUUUCGUGAUUUGUGAAGUGAUAUCAGUUUAGGCUCCCGGGUUUGAAAUUUCGUCACGUAUUGUGCGUAAGCAGUCAAAAUUACGAAAGUUUGCUAGCAUAUUUGUCUAAUUUUAUCAACAAAACUUUAAGAUUAUCGUGAACAAAGCUACCAACAUGUCUCUGAAACAAACUACAGCUAUUUUGCAAAACAAGAAUGCACUCAAUUGUGUCGCUCAAAGAGCUAGCUCCUGGUGGUCUGGAGUACAAAUGGGACCCCCUGACGCCAUAUUAGGAGUAACAGAGGCGUUCAAGAGGGACCAGAAUCCAAACAAGAUUAACUUAGGUGUAGGUGCCUACCGAGACGACAACGGCAAACCCUACGUUCUUCCAUCUGUUAAAGCCGCCGAAGAGCAAGUAAAAAGCAAAGGUUUAGACAAAGAAUACGCUCCUAUUUCCGGUGUUGCCGAAUUCUGCAAGAGGAGCAUCGAACUAGCCCUUGGAGAAAACUCGUCGGUAAUAAAAGAAGGUCUCAACGCCACUGUACAAGGUAUUUCUGGAACAGGUUCGUUGAGAAUUGGAGGAGCCUUUUUGAACGGAUUCUUCCCUGGCAACAAAACCGUCUACUUGCCAACUCCAACAUGGGGCAAUCACAUCCCUAUUUUCAAACACUCCGGUUUAGACGUUAAAAUGUACAAGUAUUACAAUCCCGAAACUUGUGGAUUAGACUUUCAAGGUGCUUUGGAUGAUAUUUCCAAAAUCCCAGAAAAGUCUAUCAUUCUUUUACACGCUUGCGCUCACAACCCGACUGGAGUCGACCCGACUAAAGAGCAAUGGAAAGAACUAUCAGAAGUAAUUAAAAAAAGGAAUUUGUAUGUCUUCUUCGACAUGGCUUACCAGGGUUUCGCUACCGGCAACGUAGACAACGAUGCUUUCGCUCUUCGGUACUUCGUCGACCAAGGCCAUCGAGUGGCUUUAGCCCAAAGUUUCGCCAAAAACAUGGGCUUGUACGGCGAAAGGGCCGGCGCCUUCACCGUCAUCGGCAACACGAAGGAAGAAGCCGACAAGGUGAUGUCCCAAAUUAAAAUUCUCAUCCGACCGAUGUACUCCAAUCCGCCUAUUAACGGUGCUAGAAUCGUCGCCGAAAUUCUCAGCGAUCCCAGCCUGAGGAACCAAUGGUUGCCGGAAGUUAAAGGAAUGGCUGAUAGAAUUAUUUCUGUGCGUACAAAGUUGCGUGAGAAUCUGAAGAAGGAAGGUUCUACUCGAAACUGGGAGCAUAUUACCAAUCAAAUUGGAAUGUUCUGUUUUACUGGAAUGAAGCCUGAUCAGGUUGAGAAACUAAUCAAGGAACACAGCGUGUAUUUGACCAAGGAUGGGCGUAUUUCAAUGGCAGGAGUUACUUCUAAGAAUGUGGAAUAUUUAGCGAGAGCUAUGCAUUUAUCAACAAAAUAGGCUGCCCUACCUUUACAGUUGUUUUUUUUGUGGUAUGAAUUACUUUUUAUCGCAUUUAAGCCUAAAUAUUUUUUUAUUUCUAUUGUACAUAUUGUUUUGCCUUCUGAAGUUAUACUCGCAUUAUUAAAAAUUUAACUUUUACUCAAAAAUAAAAAGAAUACAAGUAUAUAUUUGGUUCGUUAUAAAAAUAGCUAAUAUAGAUUAUAAUAAAAAAUUUAAAUAGUAAAAUUGCAUAAUUACAAUGCGGCUACUUACAUCACAGCCAAAGUCACAGCUUGGAAUAUUUCUAUUUGGUUUAUAAACGAUUAAAAUUCACUUUUUGUAAACUUACCUCUAUAACAGUCGACGCGUUUUUCUCCUUACUAAAAUCAUAUUGCGAUAAACACACUAAUCUUUGGGUGCGUGCGUAGGUGUAUGAGAAUGCGAUUGCAGAACCUUCUGACAAAGCGCUUUUAUACUGGGUUGAUUCAACAAUUCCGAUUCUCGGAGGAUUCUUCUUAUAUCGGACAUUCGCUUGUAUUUCACGGCGAGAAAAUAGGCAGUUUUCAAUUGCUUCGCCUCUAUGUAAGCAGAUAUCUA